AUGUACAACGCAAUGGGCCCUGCUGGAGAAGAGAAGCGGAAAGCAGGCUAUAAACGCUAUUCUUGCGCAAACGAUGAACACAAUUGCCGCAUCUUAAACAGAACUACGGCGAUUAGUAGCCGCAUCCGGCGCUGGUGGAUUCGAUCGACCAACUACGAAUUCCGGCCUUACAGCACUGACCAACAGGUGAUCACUGGCCGAGUCAUUGUCACCAACCGUCCCCCCGGCAACAGAAAUCCUUUGCCGGUGGGUGUCAUCCGAAAGCGGCAUGCAUUCUAG